CCCGCCAUGGUGAAUUAUGGACGUGGCACAAAAUGAAGCUCCUGGGGCAGCUGGCGAGCGUGCAGCAUGCCUGGACCACCGCCGCCCCCCCCUCGCCGCCGCCCCCGCUGGCGCUAGUCUCGCUGCUGCUGCACGCCUGGCUGGGCUGCGCGGCGGCCGCGCUGGCCGGGCCCCAGAGCUGCCCCUCCGUCUGCUCGUGCAGUAACCAGUUCAGCAAGGUGGUGUGCACCCGCCGCGGCCUGGCCGACGUGCCCGCCGGCAUCCCCUCCAACACGCGCCACCUCAACCUCAUGGAGAACGGCAUCCAGCGCAUCCAGGCAGACACCUUCCGCCACCUCCACCACCUCGAGGUGCUGCAGCUGGGGCGCAACGCCAUCCGCCAGAUCGAGGUGGGCGCCUUCAACGGCCUGGCCAGCCUCAACACCCUCGAGCUCUUCGACAACUGGCUCACCGUCGUGCCCAGCGGGGCCUUCGAGUACCUCUCCAAGCUGCGCGAACUCUGGCUCCGCAACAACCCCAUCGAGAGCAUCUCCUCCUACGCCUUCAACCGCGUCCCCUCCCUCAUGCGCCUCGACCUGGGCGAGCUCAAGAAGCUGAAGUACAUCUCCGAGGGCGCCUUCGAGGGCCUCUACAACCUCAAGUACCUGAACCUGGGGAUGUGCGCCAUCCGCGACAUGCCCAACCUCACCCCCCUGGUGGGCCUGGAGGAGCUGGAGAUGUCCGGCAACCACUUCCCCGCCAUCAAGCCGGGUGCCUUCCACGGCCUCAAGUCCCUCAAGAAGCUCUGGAUCAUGAGCUCCCAGAUCAGCCUCAUCGAGCGCAACGCCUUCGACGACCUGACCGCGCUGGUGGAGCUCAACCUGGCCCACAACAACCUCACCUCCCUGCCCCACGACCUCUUUGCCCCGCUGAGGUACCUGGUGGAGCUCCACCUGCACCACAACCCCUGGAGCUGCGACUGUGACAUCCUGUGGCUCUCCUGGUGGCUGAGGGAGUACAUCCCCACCAACUCCACCUGCUGUGGCCGCUGCCACGCGCCCCUCCACCUGCGCGGCAAGUUCCUGGUGGAAGUGGACCAGACCGCUUUCCAGUGCUCAGCCCCCUUCAUCAUGGACGCCCCCCGGGACCUCAACAUCUCCGAGGGCAGGGUGGCCGAGCUCAAAUGCCGCACGCCUUCCAUGUCCUCCGUCCGGUGGCUGCUGCCCAACGGGACAGUGCUGAGCCACGCUUCCAACCACCCACGGAUCUCCGUCCUCAACGACGGCACGCUGAACUUCUCCCAGGUUUUCCUCACGGAUACGGGGGUGUACACUUGCAUGGUCACCAACGUGGCAGGGAAUUCCAACGCCUCGGCCUACCUCAACGUGAGCACGGCCGAGCUCAACACCUCCAACUACAGCUUCUUCACCACCGUCACAGUGGAAACCACGGAGACUUCGCCGGAGGACAUCUUCCCCAAGUUCACCAAGCCGGUGCCCACCACGUCCACGGGGUACCGGCCGGCCUACACCACGACCACCACCGUGCUCAUCCAGACCACCAAGCCGCCCCGGCAAGACCCCGCGUCGGCUUCGGACGUCAACGACAAGAUGCAGACCAGCCUGGACGAGGUCAUGAAGACCACCAAGAUCAUCAUUGGCUGCUUUGUGGCCGUGACGCUGCUGGCGGCAGCCAUGUUGAUUGUCUUUUACAAACUUCGCAAGAGGCACCAGCAGCGCAGCACCGUGACGGCUGCCCGGACUGUGGAGAUUAUCCAAGUGGACGAAGACAUUCCAGCCUCGGCCGCAGCGCCCACCACCCCUUCGGGGACGGCAGCGGGUGGCUCAGGUGAGGGGGCAGUUGUACUGCCGGCUAUUCAUGACCACAUUAACUACAACACGUACAAAGCGUCCCACGGGGCUCACUGGACCGAAAACUGCCUGGGGAACUCUCUGCACCCCACGGUUACGACUAUUGCCGAACCUUAUAUAAUUCAGACCCACCCCAAGGAGAAAGUGCAGGAAACGCAGAUAUGACUCCCCCUCCCCCUCCCCCUCCCAUUAUUAAACAAAAUGCAAUAGAAUGCACAACACAGAAACCGACAUCAACUUUUGUACAGAGGGGGGGCGGGGGGCAGAAUUUUUCUUGUAUAUGCUUAUAUAUUAAGUCUAUGGGCUGAGAGAAGAGAAGCGAAUGACAUUGGAAGUGUACAACCCCCCCCCCCCCCCUAUUUUCUAACAUGUUUAAGUGCUAUUGAAAAGGAGGACGCAAUCAGACGCCAGCAUCACUCCUAAAAUGAGGCAAAUUGACAGUGACGCUCCCCGGAACGCGACCUGUUCAGAUGCAAAGACAGACAGAAAGGAGAUGCUGCAAGAGCAGGGGGGCGCGCUCGCCAGGGGUGGGGUCUGCCCUUUUAGACGAUGUGACUUAGGAUGCAGUAAAAACAAAUUUGUUUCUAUAGAGACUCUCUUUCCAAAAGCCCAUGGGGGAACAGACUCCCCGCAUUUACAGAGUUAUCUCAUUUGCAGAAAUGCGCACCAAGGGUUUGUACUGUGCCAAAAUGUUACAAAUGCAAUAAAAGUCCAUUUUUAAAAGA